GCAUGUGGAGAGCGUCCAGACCGAGCGCCAUGGCCUGCUUCUUACUCCGAACAUCAGCAGUCUGCUGCCUCGUGUUGGCAUUGGCUCAUGUUCAGUGCUCAGAAGGUUUUAGCCGAGCCGCGCUGCCAUUCGGAUUAGUAAGAAGAGAGUUGUCCUGUGAGGGUUACCCAAUCGAUCUCCGCUGUCCAGGAAGUGAUGUCAUCAUGAUCGAAACGGCAAACUACGGCCGAACAGACGACAAGAUCUGUGAUGCUGACCCUUUUCAGAUGGAGAACAUCAACUGCUACCUCCCAGAUGCCUUCAAAAUCAUGUCACAGAGGUGCAACAACAAAACCCAGUGCAUCGUCCUCACAGGAGCGGACAGCUUCCCUGACCCUUGCCCAGGGACCUACAAAUACCUUGAGGUCCAGUACGAAUGUGUCCCUUAUAUUUUUGUUUGUCCCGGGACUCUGAAAGCUGUCGGAGAUCCUUCCUUUCUCUUUGAGGCGGAGCAGCAAGCCGGCUCCUGGUGCAAAGACCCGCUCCAAGCAGGCGACAAGGUCUAUUUCAUGCCCUGGACUCCGUACCGCACAGACACGCUCAUUGAGUACUCGUCGCUCGACGACUUCCAAAACUCUCGGCAAACUGUCACGUACAAGCUCCCUCACCGGGUUGACGGUACUGGCUUCGUGGUGUACGACGGCGCUGUGUUUUUCAACAAAGAGAGAACACGCAACAUUGUCAAGUUUGACCUCCGGACCCGAAUCAAGAGCGGAGAGGCCAUCAUUAACAAUGCCAACUACCACGACACGUCCCCGUACAAGUGGGGCGGCAAGACGGACAUAGACUUGGCCGUGGACGAGAGUGGCCUUUGGGUCAUCUACGCUACUGAGCAGAACAAUGGCAUGAUUGUUAUUAGCCAGUUGAACCCCUACACUUUGCGAUUCGAUGCCACAUGGGAGACGGCGUACGACAAGCGCUCGGCGUCCAACGCCUUCAUGAUCUGCGGAGUGCUCUACGUGGUCAGGUCCACCUACGAGGACAACGAGAGCGAAUUCAGCAAGAGUGUCAUCGACUAUAUUUACAACACCAAUCUCAACCACGGAGAGUUUGUGGAUAUUCACUUUCCCAAUCAGUACCAGUACAUAGCAGCGGUGGAAUACAAUCCCAGAGAUAACCAGCUCUAUGUGUGGAAUAAUUUCUACGUGUUGCGAUAUAAUCUCGUAUUCGGACCGCCGGAUCCAGCCAACGGCCCGGUGAUUUUGGAAGGAACCUUCUCGCCGGAACCGGUCAAGACCACCACCACGACCACCACGACCCUCGUGGCCAAGACGGCGGCGAGCGCGGUGACGACCACCACCAUCGCGCCAAAGGCGGGCACCAAAGUGUUCCGGCCGCCCCCGCCGCCGGCCGCCCCCGAGAGCACCACGCGGCCCCCGCUGGACUCGUUCCCGCUGCCGGCGCGCUUCUGCGAGAGCACGGAGAACAGAGACAUCGUGUGGCCCCAGACCCAGAGGGGCAUGCUGGUGGAGAGGCCCUGCCCCAAAGGGACCCGCGGCACUGCCUCCUUCUUGUGCCUGCUUGCCACGGGAGCCUGGAACCCGAAAGGACCAGAUCUCAGUAAUUGUACCUCCCACUGGGUCAAUCAAGUCGCUCAGAAGAUCCGGAGCGGGGAGAACGCGGCCAACCUUGCCAAUGAGCUGGCCAAGCACACCAAAGGGCCCAUCUUCGCUGGCGACGUCAGCUCCACCAUGAGACUGAUGGAGCAGCUCGUCGACAUCCUGGACGCCCAGCUUCAGGAGCUCAGGCCGAGCGAGAAGGACACGGCGGGGCGGAGCUUUAACAAGGCCAUUGUAGACACGGUCGACAAUCUCCUGAGGCCCGAGGCCCUGAAGUCUUGGAGGGAUAUGAACGCCACCGAGCAGACUCACGCUGCUACCAUGUUACUCGAUACUCUGGAGGAGGGAGCUUUCGUCCUGGCAGACAACCUAAUGGAGCCAGCCAUCGUGAAAGUACCUGCUAACAAUAUAAUUCUGGACGUCUACGUGCUCAGCACAGAUGGUCAGGUGCAGGAUUUUAAGUUUCCGCAGACGAGCAAAGGUGGAGUUUCGAUUCAGCUGUCUGCCAACACGGUGAAGCUCAACAGCAGGAACGGAGUCGCUAAGUUGGUGUUUGUUCUCUACAAGCACCUGGGACAGUUUCUCAGCACUGAGAAUGCGACCAUCAGGCAGAACAAUGAGUUGCAUGGACGCAACCACUCGGUGGCCGUCAACUCGGACGUCAUCGCUGCGUCCAUCAACAAGGAGUCCAGUCGGGUCUUCAUAUCAGACCCUGUGAUUUUUACCUUGGAGCAUAUUGAUACGCAGCACUAUUUCAACUCCAACUGUUCGUUCUGGAACUACUCGGAGCGGAGCAUGACGGGAUACUGGUCGACCCAAGGCUGUAAGCUCGUCACGGGGAAUAAAACGCACACGACCUGCUCCUGCAGUCACCUCACCAACUUCGCAGUGCUGAUGGCCCAUCGAGAAGUCGGGGUCAGGGGCGAGGUGCACGAGCUGCUGCUGACGGUCAUCACGCGCGUGGGCAUCAUCAUCUCGCUGGUGUGCCUGGGCGUCAGCAUCUUCACCUUCUGCUUCUUCCGCGGCCUGCAGAGCGACCGCAACACCAUCCACAAGAACCUGUGCAUCAACCUGUUCAUCGCCGAGCUGAUCUUUCUGAUCGGGAUCGACAUGACGGAACCCAGGAUCGGCUGCUCCAUCAUCGCGGGGAUUCUGCACUUCUUCUUCUUGGCCUCCUUCGGCUGGAUGUGCCUGGAGGGUGUCCAGCUCUACCUCAUGCUGGUCGAGGUCUUCGAGAGCGAGUACUCGCGCAAGAAGUACUACUACGUGUCCGGCUACCUUUUCCCCACCAUAGUGGUCAUCGUGUCCGCUGCCGUCGACUACCGCAGUUACGGGACGGAGAAGGCGUGUUGGCUAAGUGUGGAUAAUCAUUUCAUCUGGAGCUUCAUAGGACCCGUUACCUUCAUCAUUAUGUUGAAUCUCAUCUUCCUGGUCAUAACCAUGUAUAAAAUGGUCAAGCACACGACUUCACUGAAACCUGAUUCCAGCAGGCUGGAGAAUAUAAAAUCUUGGGUUCUUGGAGCAUUUGCUCUGCUCUUCCUCUUGGUUCUGACGUGGACGUUUGGCUUGUUCUUCAUCAACGAGUCUUCUGUGGUCAUGGCCUAUCUCUUCACAAUAUUCAACACCAUCCAGGGAAUGUUUAUCUUCAUAUUCCACUGCCUUCUUCAAAAAAAAGUGCGAAAGGAGUAUAGCAAAUGCUUCCGUCACACUUACUGCUGUGGAACUUUGCCAACCGAAAGUUCCCACAGUUCAACCAAGACAUCAACCACAAGGACCAGUGCCCGCUACUCCUCUGGCACCCAGAGUCGUAUCCGGAGAAUGUGGAACGACACCGUCAGAAAGCAAUCUGAAUCUUCCUUUAUCUCAGGCGACAUCAACAGCACAUCAACCCUUAACCAAGGAAUGACAGGCAAUUAUCUUCUAACUAACCCUCUCCUCCGACCGCAAGGCACUAACAACCCCUAUAACACUUUACUGGCUGAAACGGUCGUGUGUAACACGCCCGCGGCCCCCGUCUUUAACUCUCCAGGACACUCGCUGAGCAACAAGAGGGAAACAAGUGCAAUGGAUACUCUACCGCUAAAUGGUAACUUUAACAAUAGCUAUUCACUGCGUAACGGAGACUACGGGGACAGUGUGCAAGUGGUGGAUUGUGGACUAAGCAUAGACGACGCAGCUUUCGAGAAAAUGAUCAUCUCGGAGCUGGUGCACAACAACCUCAGGGCCUGCAACAAGACUCAGAACGUGGAGCGAACUUCUUCUUCUUCUUCAACCAAAGUGGCCGUCGGCAUUGGCGGCGUUGGCGUUGGCGGCGGUGGCGGGGGCAGCGGCAGCGAAGACGACGCCAUCAUGGCCGACGCCUCGUCUUUGGUGCACGCUGACAACCCGCGGCUGGAGCUGCACCAGAGGGAGCUGGAGGCCCCGCUGAUCCCGCAGCGGACCCACUCCCUCCUCUACCCCCCGCAGGACAAGGGCACGCUGGAGUGCAUGGAGAGCUACAUCUCUCCCCUGACUCCGGAGACGGACGACAACCUGCAGUCCCCCAACAGAGACUCUUUGUACACUAGUAUGCCUAAUUUGAGGGACUCACCUUAUCACGAGUGUAGCCCAGACAUAGAGGAGGAGCUGUCUCCGUCUAAGAGGAGCGAAAGCGAGGAUGUCUACUAUAAGAGUAUGCCCAACUUGGGCGCCGGGCAUCAACUGCAUGCCUAUUACCAGAUAAAUAAAGUGGGAGACGGCUACAUUAUUCCCAUAAGCAAAGAUGGAUGUAUUCCGGAGGGGGAUGUUCGGGAAGGACAAAUGCAGCUAGUCACAAGCCUUUAGACGUAUUUAAAUAUUCACCACUGUACUUUUGGCAAUGUAGUAAGAUGUGUCGAGGAUUCUCUCGACAUGUCCAGGUAUCCACCUUUGAAAUUUUCAUCUGCAUCUUCAACCUUGAAGAACAUUUAUGACUAUGGGGAGGGUAGUAUGAGAUUGUUUGAUUUUGCCAGGACUGUAUAUAAAUUGAAGAAUAAAAAAAACAGCUCAAUAAUGUAUUUAUAUGUUCCUCUGUUGCUGGAAAAAAAUGAAAAAGAUAUUUAAAAAAUAUACACAAAAAAAACAACCAUUCCAAAAAAAAAAACAGUUUCUUACUUAAAUUUGUACAUAUAAUACACAUGAUCAUAAUUACACACACAAUCAACAUGAUCACUGUCUAAACCUGUUUUGUAUUAUAUACAAAAUGGAAUGUUUGACUGCUGAAAUGUUCCUGAAGACACUAUUGGAUUUGGAAGAGGUCUUGAGUUUUGGGUGGCCCUGUGAGAGAGAGAGAAAAAAUAACCACUAGCAAUCAAGCCCCAGGCCUUAUUUUCUCCAGUGUAUAUUGAACUCUUGUCAAGACAAAAAAAAGACAAAAUAUUUAUAUAUAUUUUGUUGUAUUGCUAGUGAAAUCAAUGACAACUAUAAUUAUGAAGAAUCAUUUUAAUUAAAAAAACCCCCUAUGUUUUGAAGAGACUAUUGUGUAAAAAAAAGAAACUCACUCACUCAUUGGUGGUCAGUGUUUCCUUCCUGCAUAUACAGUACAUCCCAUUUCUAGCUCAUGCAAGUGAAUCGGUGGACAUCAUCCAGAGGAAACGCGUAGUCAUUUCAGCUCAUGUAGAAUGCUCCGACUCAGAGCGACGCUUUGUGAUGUGAAUCUGUAGAACAGAUGAAUAAGCGAUGGACUCGUAGUAGGCCCCUCGUUCUGGACUCAAUUUCCCCCUGUAGCUUCUCAUUUGAAUUGGUUUUUUUUGUUUGUUUGUUUGUUUGUUUGUUUAUUUGUUUGUUUUAUUAUUCCCCCUCCCCCCACCCCCUCGAAGCAGUGAACUUUUGUGAAUAUUUUCAAGCACUGAUAUACAUGGUUCAUUAUUUUAUAUAAGCGUGAUAUUAAGACAUUCAUCACUUUCAAAAGAAAUGUAAAG